AACAAACAUAUGCUUAGGCAUUAAGCAAACCACAGACGUAAACACGCUUGUCACAGCCCAAGCCGGAAGUCCUAAACCAAAUGUCUUAGGAGCGAAGACUCCUUAACGGAGCCCCGGCGGUGACAGUGGUAACAACCAUCGCCUCGCCUAUAAGAAGACCGAGAAGCAGAGUAGUCUCUUAACAUCUCGCAGCUACCGAUAAAUUCUCGAUCGUCCCCUGCAAAUCCGAGGCAGAAAGAGGUGAAGAAAAGACAGAAAGGGAUAAUGGCGAGGGUUGGCGGUAUCCGUCAAAUUGCUGGGAACCAGAACAGCGUCGAGAUCGACGGCCUUGCUCGCUUCGCUGUCAAUGAGCAAAACAAGAAGCAGAAUGGUCUCCUGGAGCUUAGGAAAGUGGUGAAUGUGAAGCAGCAGGUGGUUUCUGGUAUCAUGUAUUACGUUACCUUAGAGGCGGCUGAUGGCGGCGUCAAGAAAGUUUAUGAUGCUAAGAUAUGGGUGAAGCCAUGGAUGAAUUUCAAGUCGCUGCAAGAGUUCAAGAUCGUCGGCGAUGCUCCUGCCGAGGCUAGUGCUUAGUUUCUGGAUGGAUAAUGUCUUCAACACCGUGCUCGUAUUUCGGAUUCGCAAAGGAACCUGUAUAGGGCAUUCUGUGCUCAAAGCGAAAGGGUGAAGAGAAGAUUGAAGACAUUACUUUUUUUUGUCAGAACAAAGAAAUACUUUACUUUGAUCCGAAAAUAUUCACAUGCUGUAAAUCAACGUUCCUAUUAUUGGCUUUACAAUCAGAUGUAUAAAUCUUUAUAUUUUUAUGAUUCACAUCUAUAUUAGUACA